CUCAUUUGGCAACUUCCCAUGCAGCUACUGACAAGUGUGGCAGAUGAGAUGAUUUUCACCCUGACAACAGGUCCUGGUGUUGCAACAAAAAACAUGGUGGAAGUGACCAGUGUUGGGGAUUUCACAACACCACUAACCACCAACAACUCAUCUGAUUGCCAGGGAGAGAACCAGCAUUUUGCUCUCACCUUCUUCCUGUGUCUGGUGUUCUUCAUCGGAUUCCUCCUAAAUAUGUUCAGCUUGUGGGUGUUCUGUUGUCGUUUUCCAUGCUGGACGUCUGGAACCAUCCUGCAGUUCCACCUGGCCCUGAGUGACGCCAUCGCCACUCCGGUGACCCCCUUGAUGGCUGUGUACUUCGCCAUGGGUAAUGACUGGCCCUUUGGCCACUUCCUCUGCCAGGUGAAGAUCGCCCUGCUGAGCUCACAUUUUUACGGCAGCACUAUAUUUCUUACUCUCAUCAGCAUCCAUCGCUACAUUACUGUGGUGCACUUCAACAAAUGCUGCCGCUUCAAGCGGAAGGCUUUUGUUCGAAAACUCUGUGCAUGUAUGUGGUGUUUGUUGGCGAUCCAGGCUCUGAUCUAUGCAAUCCUGCUCCCUCCCAGCAAAGAGAAAGGGAGCAGUCAAUGUCUCUCCAUCCAUCAGAGAAAUCUGACCAAUUUCUACUUCAUCAUUAACUUCUUCCUGUUCAUCUUUGGAUUCCUGUUUCCUUUCUCUGUCUCUGCUAUCUGUUAUGGCCGCUUGGCAAACACACUGACAAACCUUAACAUCAGCACAGCCAAAGGUCUGAAAGUCAAGCUGAAAUCUCAGAGGAUGAUAGGUGUGUGCCUGCUUAUAUUCGGCGUGUGCUUCCUGCCUUUGAAUAUUGUACGAACUCUGGGAGUCGUGUUGAAGAAAUUCUAUCCGGGAGAAUGCAGUGUUCUCCAGCAGAUUGAGACGGCCUACUACACCACCUGGAUCUUAGCCGGUGUGAACAGUUGUCUGGACCCCAUGCUGUAUUGUUUUGGUUCUCAGAAUUUUCGAGAUGCAUUUCAGUCUCUCCGGGCUGGGAAGAUGGAUGUUCCGAACAGACCGAACAGGAGUGAAUCAGAAAUGACUGCAAAUCAGAGAGAGAUGGAUUAACUGAAGCCCAAAGCAUAGCUUGAACCAUCUGAUCAUCUUUACAACUUGAAUUAUUAUUGCCAUUGACCUCAUGGAGACUGAAGUAAUCUGGAAAGUUAGCAAGUUGUAUUUCUUUCAUCAGUUAGUUGCAUUAUUCCAGUAUUAACAAAAACUACUGGAUUGUAGUUAUGUUUAUUUUUGAUGAAUAAUUU